AUGCUCAAGUCCAAGUGGGCAUCCCAGCCCGAUGAGGCAGAGAAAGCAGCUCCUGCAGCACCAGAGGCCAGCGCCACAGCACCAGCGUCUGCAACUACCGACAGCGCGACGUCCUACGACCCCGCCUAUAACGACCCGUCAAUAGACCCAUUCGCGCAGACAGCAAGUACAGACGACCUUUUCUUCGACGACGAUAUCACGCCAAUCGCCGAGCCUGUCAUCGAGCAGAAUCCCGUCGAGCUGCAACCUUCGGCCGCCGAAUUUGUACCCGAGGAAGUACAUCCGCCGACAGCACCCCAAGCACAUCUGGCCCCGCAUGCGCCCCGAGAGCCACGUAACGCGGAGAGAGGUGGCCGUGGCCGUGGUAGGGGACGAGGCCGUGGAAGAGGUCGUGGGGGACACAACACCGACAUUCGUCUAGAGCAGAACGACAAGAAGGUAUCCGAGGCUCCCAAGGAAGCGACGCCCGCCCCAGCCGCCAACGCUACCGGAACCGAUGCUCCAGAAUCCUCAGCUCCUGCUUCCGCACCUACUGAGCCCAAGGAGAAACCCACACACGCCGUGCGCGGCGACAGAGGCCUGACUGGCGGCCCUGCACGUACGCGCUUGACAGAAGAGGAGCUGAAUACGAAGCUUGCCAACAUGCGCAUUAAGAAUGAAGCGCGCCAAAGCGCUCAUGCUCGCGCCGAGGCUGAUAAGGGCAUUUUCGAGGCUCGGGAAGCCGUCAUGCAAAAGCAGGAUGUGGAACGCAAGAAGGCCCUUGCUGAGAAACAGAGGGCAGAACAGAAGGCAUUGGCCGAGAAACAAAAGGCAGAACGCCAGAGUCGUCAGCAGAUGAUGGGAGAGCGUGAAAAGAACCGGCAGCGUAAGCUCAAUGCUCAGAUGGGCAGGGAGUGGGACUUUGAGAAAGAGGAUGGCUUCUCUGGUACUGGAGAGGAGAAACGACGAGGUGCUGCCCGAGGUGCACACGGUGGUAUCGCACCCUCUAGACCAACCGACAACGCAUCUAAUGGGGCCGAAGACUAUCAUGAGCCUGUUGCACAAUCAAGUCGUGGACGUGGUCGUGGUGGAGGUAGAGGCCGUGGUGGUAGGGGUGGCCGUGGCGACUACCGGGAGUCUGACUCGAGGCCGACAGGCGCACAGAAAAAGCGCGACGAUAUCCCGCCUUCAGCAUCAGACUUCCCAGAAUUACCUUCCACUAAGGCCAAAGUAACUACAGAGACGAAGGACAUGGACGAUCUGACCGGCUUGCCGUCACCCAUGGAGAAAGGACGUAGUUGGGCUGACGAGGUCGGCUCGUAG